CCGUAGUUUUGAAACAUGCUGACUGAAGCCCAGAUUGACGCGCUCAAGCGACCCGAACUCCAGCAGCUCGCCAAAGAGCACGGUAUCCGUGCCAAUCAGAAGAACGAAGUUUUGAAACAGGCACUGCUCGAGCUGUUUCAGUCCGCCCUGGCCGCGCCAGCCGCCGUGUCACUCGCCCAGACUGCGCAGGAAGAGGAGCAGCAGGCAUUGCAGGUUGAUGCGCAGACCGAGCACGCGACUGUCGCUGAAGAAGCAUCCACGAGUGCUGCAGAGCCAGCUCAGGAGCUCGAGGAAUCGCCAAAGAUUGAACUGCCGCAAAUCCAAAAUGCCGCCGAGCUUGAAACCCUCCUAUUUGCGGAAGGAGAGACUGUGAAUCAAGCAGGGGAAUGUGCGAAUCAACCAAUUGAAGCAGCUAUGCCAGUGGAUGCUGAAACGCCGACAGCUCCGAUCGCACCGGUUGACGACGCUCGUUCUGCUCCAGAUGCUGCUGCACCGAAGGAACCCUGCUCCAGCACCAACGACGAUAGCAAAAAGAAUGCUGAUGGUGAGACACACCUCGUUGUGACGACUCGCCCGUCCGAGGGGUUGAAGCAGAACGGGCCUCCCGCAAAGACGAGUGUGCCCGCGUCGUACGUGCCUCCAAAAGUCACAAGGCCUUACACAUCCCUCGCAUACGAGAUGGUCCGCCGUCAAGCCCAGCAACAGCGCGCGUCUCAGAUGCAGUCGGCAAGCGCGUUUGCACCAUCGACGGAAGCUCAUGCACCGAAAGUCGCGCCCAAACUUCCAGCGAAUUCACGAAGCAGCUCCUCUUCCCUUGCCGAGACCAAGCGUUCAGCGCCCUUUUCUACUUCGUUGAAGCCAGCGGCCGUCAAGCCUGCAGCUUCCCACCAAAGCAAACCUGCAGUCUCCAGCACAAACCCGCUCGGUUUGCACAAGACAAACACGCUUGGAAUGCAUGCUUCAGGGCCAGCGCUGAAAGAGCCCCGCACACAAGCUGCCACUCAAACACGCGCGUCGAUUUCACAAGAGUAGAUUUGGGUGAGGGGCUGUUGUGUGUGAGUGUGUCGAAGAGCCCGGGCUGUCAAUAAGGUGUUGCUUACUUGAAUGGUUGUGUUGCAAAACAUCAAGCUGGAGCGGUAUACAGUACAGAAAACAUAAAAUUUCCAAA